AUGUCCCAAAACGCGCGGGGUCUGGGAGACACGCUCCCAGCUAUUCCUUUCACUGUGUUCUCUUCCAAUCAUGAGCUUCUUGACAGCGGUUCAACAGCCAGCAACGUAUGUCGUGCUAGGGGUACCUCUGAUCAGCCCGACUCUGCCGGUGAUGUUCAAGAUGCUUCAAACAGAUUUGAAACAAUUGAUGGAGGAAACACAAAAGCACCUCAGCCUCCUAUUCACACAGUUCGCCGCAAACUUGAGGGUAUUCAUAUCUUUAUGAUUGCCGUAAACGGCACACUUGGCACAGGUCUGUAUGUUCGAAGUGGUCAGAUCCUCGAGCUUGGAGGACCCCUGGCUGUAAUAUUCUCAUUUUUGCUUCUUGGCAUUUUGACUUGGGCGGUGAUGCAAUGCAUCGCCGAACUUCUUUGUCUAUGGCCAGUCCCAGGAGCAGCCCCUUUAUUUGUGAAGAAGUUUGUGGAUAAAGAACUAGGGAAUACUGUUGGCAUCGCGUAUUGGUAUACACAGAAAUAUGAGCCAUAA